CCUGCAAAACAGGGGAGGAAUCCCCUCCAUCUUCCUUUCUCAACAUGGCUCCGAAGGCGAAGAAGGAAGCUGUCCCGGUCAAGACUGAGGCUAAGUCAAAGGCCCUGAAGGCCAAGAAGGCUGUGUUAAAAGGUGUGCACAACCAAAGGAAAAAGAAGAUCAGGACCAGCCCUACUUUCCGCAGGCCCAAGACCCUGCGCCUGAGGAGGCAGCCCAAGUACCCCAAGAAGAGUGCACCACGCAGGAACAAGCUGGACCAUUAUGCCAUCAUCAAGUUCCCUCUGACCACUGAGUCUGCCAUGAAAAAGAUCGAGGACAACAACACUCUGGUCUUUAUUGUUAAUGUAAAAGCUAACAAGCACCAGAUCAAACACGCUGUCAAAAAGCUGUACGACAUCGAUGUGGCCAAAGUCAACACACUGAUUAGGCCUGAUGGUGAAAAGAAGGCAUAUGUUCGUCUAGCACCAGAUUAUGAUGCACUGGAUGUUGCCAACAAAAUUGGUAUCAUCUAAACUGCUCUUGAUGUGUACAGAAAAAUAAAUGUUUGUAAAAACA